UUGGCAGGAGGGUUGGACCAAGAGGAGAGGGACGGAGCGAGGAAGAAAAUCUCCGCCAAAACCUCAAUAAGCCAUAGUGUUUUAAGUUGUUGUGAUUUAGUCACGUGUCCAUCUGAAAGAUUUAUUGUAAUUGUUUGCUGGGAGAGACUGGACGUUCAGUAGGAGCCUUUUUCCCGUCAGGAAUUCUACUUAUUUUUUAUUAAACCUGUUGCUAGUUAGCUCCUUGUGCUAGCAGUAUCAGCUAGUUGCGCUUGGAAAACACUUCUUGCACCAAGCUGCUGAGAACCUCCCGGAUGCUUAUGAACGUGGACGGAGCCUGAGGACGACAGUGGUGGGACACUACUGAAGGAGGGUGUUGCCAAACUGUACCUGAAAGCAUCCUGCAACCAAGCAACCGAUGGAAAAUAAUCUACGGAUUCGCGUAACCUGAUGGGAAGCUUUUGGCCGCUCUCGCCCUCUGAAGCAUUAUCCCGGUGCGCAACUUCGCUCGAAACAAACCAGUAUUUAUUCACCGGAUCGCUAGGGGUUCCUGAGCCGAGCUGAAGCCAGGCGCGCAGCGGUGGUCAUCCCCUCGCCCUAAUUUUCUUCACUUCUUUGCCCCUCUUCAUUAUCCGGUUUCCCCUUAAAAAAAACUCCAAGAAUGACGGACUUAUUUCACCGCAUCGCCGUUCACCUUGCGCUUUUUUUCACACCUUGGAGUAGCCGGACGCGCCGCCAAGAUCUCUAAAAGCUGUCAGCCUCUCCCUUCCUCUCUCUCCUUUUCCCUGAGCCUAUCUGUCUCUAUCUCACCCGCAAGCAAAUGCAUUUUCUCCCAUGGAGGUAGUACAACCACCCUGGGGACCGAACGACCAGAGGGGUGAUUGUUCCAAGCAAGAGGAGCCCGUCAGCAAGAGACGCAUCGGGUGAAAUCGGACCCCCCUCCCCUCCUCCUCCUCUGUUUCUCCUUCUCCUCCGCUCCCCCCUCCAGUUUGCUUGGCUCGGGUUGAUCUACAUAAGCCUAGACUGGGAUGUAGGGACUGGAGAAACCUUGUUGCACCCCCGUAACUGUCUGCGAUCUACUUCAGCUGGGAGGACCGUUUGCGCACGUCUCCAUCCAUGUCUCACCAAUGCUGCCCCGCGUCUCCAGAGGGAGCUGCAUUAAUUACCUCCACAGCUUCGGGUUACUAAAUGGUUUUCUGGGGGAGGAUUUAUAACCGGCGAGAUGCUGCUCGUACUCCUGCUGGCAGCCUUUUCUUCCUCCUUCUCCGGCUCCCUCUCCUCCUCUCUCUCCUCCCCUUCCAUGUCGGACGGACCCCCGAUGGUGGACCCGUCCGCCUCGGACUUGAUGGCCGAGACCUGCAGCGCCUGCUCCUGCAUGUCAGUGGAAAACGUGCUGUACGUCAACUGUGAGAAGAUCACCGUCUAUCGACCCACACAGCUCAUCCCUCCGGCCUCCUCCCUGUAUCACAUGAACUUCCAGAACAACUUCUUAAUCAUACUCUACCCAAACUCGUUCCUCAACUUCACCCACGCUGUGUCACUGCAGCUGGGCAACAACAAACUGCAGAACAUCGAAGGUGGAGCAUUCAUGGGGAUGAGUGCGUUGAAGCAGCUGCACCUGAACAAUAAUGAGUUAAAGGUGCUGCGAGCAGACACUUUUCAAGGCAUAGAAAACCUGGAAUACCUACAGGCUGACUACAACUUGAUAAAAUACAUUGAAAAGGGAGCAUUCAACAAACUGCACAAACUAAAAGUGCUUAUCCUCAAUGAUAAUCUGAUACAGGCACUUCCUGAUAACAUAUUUCGCUUUGCCUCACUCACACACCUGGAUAUAAGGGGGAACAGGAUCCAGAAACUUCCUUAUUUGGGGGUUCUGGAGCACAUCGGGCGCAUUGUAGAGCUGCAGCUGGACGACAACCCCUGGAAUUGUACCUGUGAUUUAGCGCCUCUCAAGGCAUGGCUUGAAAACAUGCCUUAUAACAUUUUUAUCGGCGAGGCCAUAUGUGAAACCCCAAGUGACCUGUAUGGGAGGCUCCUGAAAGAAACCAACAAACAGGAGCUGUGUCCCAUGGGGACAGGAAGUGACUUCGAUGUUAGGAUGCCGCCUGCACCACCUGAGAAUGGGCAGUUUCCCUCCAAAAUGUCCCCGACCACCAUGGCUCCCCUAGCCACAAAAGCGCCAAAAACUACUGACUCAUCAAAGAUUUAUGGCAAUGGUAUUGUGGCUGGUUUACCCCCUUUUGGAAGAAAUAGCCAGAUUGUUUCCUUUCAGACACGGACCCCUCCAUUAUUGUGUCCACAGCCCUGCAGCUGUAAAGCGCACCCCUCUGAUUUUGGCAUCAGCGUCAGCUGUCAAGAGAGGAAUAUUAAAAACCUUGCUGAUCUCAUUCCUAAACCCCCAAACGCCAAGAAGCUUCACCUGAGUGGGAAUUAUAUCCGUGAUAUCAGCCCGAGCGAUUUCCAAGGGUUCGAGGGCUUAGAUUUACUACAUCUUGGCAGCAAUCAAAUUGUCUCUGUGCAGAAAAGCGUGUUUGCUAACCUCACUAAUCUGAGGAGACUGUACCUGAAUGGAAACCAGCUUGAACAGUUACACCCAGAGAUGUUUUUGGGCCUGACAAACCUACAGUACCUAUAUUUGGAAUACAAUGCCAUAAAGGAAAUCUUAGCGGGCACGUUUGACUCCAUGCCGAACCUACAACUCCUGUAUCUCAACAACAAUGUGCUGCGGAGUCUCCCUGCUUACGUCUUUGCAGGUGUCUCUUUAGCCAGACUGAAUCUGAAAAACAACCACUUCAUGACCCUGCCGGUGAGUGGUGUCUUGGACCAGCUGCGGUCGUUGACCCAGAUAGACCUGGAAGGGAACCCAUGGGAGUGUUCCUGCGAUCUGGUCGCCCUCAAACUCUGGCUACAGAAGCUGAAUGAUGGAGUGGCUGCCAAAGAGGUGAAAUGUUCCUCCCCUGUACAGUUCGCCAACAUUGAGCUCCGCCUCUUAAAAAAUGAGAUUCUGUGUCCUAGGAUGGCGAGACCACCGUUUAUUCUGACUAGCGCCACCCCUGUUUUGACAUCAGUGUCGCCUGCUGGAGUUGGCAAAGCACCACCCGGAGGGCCUGUGCCUCUCUCAAUUAUGAUCCUCAGCAUCCUCGUGGUGCUCAUCCUCACUGUGUUUGUGGCCUUCUGCCUUUUAGUCUUCGUCCUGAGGCGGAAUAAAAAACCAGUGGGCAGGCAGGAGGGGCUGGGGAAUCAGGAGUGUGGGUCCAUGUCGUUGCACCUUCGACGCCACAACCACAAGUCUGGCAAAAAAGGCUCCAUCCCAGGAGACGACUUGGGAGGCGAGACGUUCAUCCCGCAGACCAUCGAGCACAUUGGCAAGAGCCACACCUGUGGGAUCGGACGCUCCUCAGACAUGGACGCCGGCUUCAAGUUCGCAGACUCGCAGAGGCAGAAAAUCAUCCUCCGGAACAGCGCCGACAAGGAUAAAGACUCACUUUCCACCCUGGAGCGCAACAAACGCCUCAGCACCAUAGAUGAACUCGAGGAGUUCCUCCCCAACCGAGAGCCCAGCUUGUUCAUCCACAACUUCCUGGACAGCAAAAGAGAUUUCAACAGUAUAGGGAUGGGCGGGUACGAGAUCCGCUACCCGGAGAAAACGCUGGAUAAAAAGAUGAAGAAGUCAUCGCUGAUAGGCGGGAACCACAGUAAGAUCGUGGUGGAGCAGAGGAAAAGUGAGUAUUACGAGCUAAAAGCAAAGCUCCAAGGAACGCCUGAUUACCUGCAGGUGCUCGAGGAGCAGACUGCACUGAGUAAAAUGUAGGGAUUGUUUUGUUUGAUUUUGUGCAUUGAUUAUACAUGCAUAGACAAGGAAGUCAGACACAUGUACAGGCAGACAGACAGCCAAACACAUCUGCCUUCCCCUGGCUCUUUGUUCUCCUCAAGCCUCACGCACAUCAUUCAAUCCUCUCCUGCCCUGUCCCCAUCUCUCUCUCUCUCUCUCUCUCUCUCUUUCUCUUUCCCUCCCUCCCUCCAUGCCUCUCUUCUCUCUCACUCUCACUCUCUUUCUCUAUGUCUGUCCCUCUCUGCAGCCACACACACACACACACACACACACACACACAAAGCAAAAAAGUGCCUUCUGGAAAUCCUUAAUGACCAAUGCAGAGAUGGACAAAAUGGCUCCACACUACAAAGCUAUUACUAGAAUCAGCGUGGAUGUAUUUCACAGUAAAAGACCUUUUUGGAUUAUCCACGCCACCACAUGUAUGAUUCCUGCAAACAUACAGGACACCCUUAAAAGCAACCAGACAGUCAUAGUAUUUUUUGCUGCUAUUGAAAUGGGUACUUAUCUCCUUAUUUUUUUGUUGUUCUUGUUGUUCCUUUUCUCCUCCUUUUGUUUUUUUUUUUCCAACCAAAUUCAAGGGUCUUGAAAACUGUGCUUGAGAAUAUACCUCGCCGUCUUCAGCCCCGGUUUAAAAAAAAAAAAAAAAGAGAAAAGAAAAAGGAGGGAGCGUUGGUUGUUGUUCUUUUGCUUUGGAAAAUAUCCAAAAUUGGUACUUCUGGAAUGAGAUUAACAGAAUCAUUGACUCAAUGGAUGCUACUUUGCUUCAGUUUUAUUUUUGAAAUGAUUAUUUUUUUCCAUUUGCGGGGCUGUCUGUUUGUUCUCGGGGAUGCUCUCUGGAGUCGGCUGCAGACUCUCUGCCAUCUUGUCUGGAUUACACACCAGUAGCAGUACACCUGCUCUUUGCCGGGAGGCUAAGCGGCUCCUGUUUUCCAUUCAUGGGAAUCGGAGGCACUGCGAAACUCUAUUGGGGAAUGAUUUCAUGACUUCUUUUUUGUUUUUGUUUUUCUUUUUGUGUAAAGAGCCAUGUUAAAUAUAGUGUCUUCUGAAUGGAGUUGUGUUUCUCUUCAAAAUUGCUACUUACAGUAACUGUAUGUUUUGGGUGAAAUCUAACGGCACAUACACUGUCAGAGGACAAUGUUUCUGGAAAAUGGGGGGGUAAAAAAAAAAGAAAACCAAGGAUGAAAAAAAAAAAUUACAAAGCUGCUUGCCAUGUAAGCGUAACCAGGAAUUUAUUUUGUAAGUCUUACAUUAUUUGUAUCUGUGGGACUGGUUUGUAAAUUACAAGGAAAGACGCAUCUACACAGGAACACACUCACACUCAUGCUGUACGACGGAGCGUCAUCAUCAAGAGACUACAAGUCAGAAUUGUCAAACAAACCGCUAUGAUUCAAUCGGUGAUCCACCUUCCCCUUGUCAGCUCUCAAUUCGUAGUAAAAGAAAUUUAACAACAUAGUUAAUUUAUUUUUCUAUGCAGGAUUAUUUAAAGAGUUAUUGGUAUUAUUUAAAAAGGAUAAUACAUACAGAGCGGAAAGGACUUGAUAGAACGAUGCAUCAGAGCUUAUUCAGGCCACCAGAAGUGACUGUUGAGUUGAUUCAAGGGUUUUUUUGUGUCUCUCGGUUUACUGAGGAACUCGACCCGCCGGAUAAAGGGUUGUGAAAUGUGAUCUGUGAUGUUUCCUUUUUAUUGUGUCGCACGAUGAGCCGAGGCCUGACCGAGUCUGUGAAGUUUCAAGCGGUUUCCUUAUUCUUAUAUCUCCCACAGUAUCAUGUAAAAGGUUUCUUAUUAACAUUAUGCAACCAAAAUAAAUGUGCAUUAAACUUGACAUGCUUCAAUGGAGUUGUUGGGGGUCGGGAAAGGAGACGUGUCAAGAGGAGAGAGGGAUGGGUUUCCAGCGAAUCGAGGCUCUAAAAUUGUUAGAUCUGAACGGAGGCGUAUCUUAAAAACACCAUGUGCAAUAUUAGUAAAAGAAAAUGCUCAGUCAUGAUGGCUUCGAAUAAUUCUGUUUAAUUUAUUUAGUUUGAGGUUAUAUUGUCAAGGCAGGUUCUAUUUCAAAAUUCUUCUUUUUUUCUCAACUCUAUCCGGUCCUUAUUUAAAAAAAAAAGAAAAAAAGUAUUGUUAAGUUAAAAUUAUGAGUGUUUAUUGACAUUACAAAUGAAUAGAAUGUAUCUUGGAAAGUAUAAUAAAUACAAUUUUCUAUCGGUCAUAAAUCUCCUGUAUAUUGGUUAAUUUUCUCUUGUAUAAUCAUGUUGAAAUCAAGGUAUUAAAAUCGGCACCUAUUUGCUA